AUGGGGAGCAGCAUAGCAUGGAAGCAGCUUCUUCUCAAUGCUCUGGAAUCCAACACUCAUCUCAAACACUCUUCUUACAUGCAACUCGCAACCAUAGGACCCAACGGAAAACCUUCGAAUCGCACUGUCGUUUUCAGAGGAUUCCAAGACAACACCGAUAAUAUCUUGAUUAACACCGAUACCCGAACUCGCAAGAUUGAAGAGCUUAAGCUUUGUUCCUUUGCUGAGAUAUGUUGGUAUUUCACAGAUUCGUGGGAGCAGUUUCGGAUAAAUGGGCAUGUAGAUAUUAUCGAUGCGACGAAUCCUGAUCCGCUUAAACUUCAGCAAAGAGAAAAGUCGUGGUUUUCCGGUUCCGUGAGAUCACGGGCGCAAUAUUUGUGGCCCAACCCAGGGCUUCCGUGUCUAAAUGAACAAGCACAAACAGAAAUAUUGUUGGAUCCUUCUAUAGGGCCAGUUGAUGCUUUUUGUCUUCUGAUUCUAGAACCAGACGAGGUUGAUUACUUGAAUCUAAAGAGUAACCAGAGGCUAACAUUCAGAUCAAGUUUGAGCGCGGAAGCAAAGAAAAACUGGAUUGCCGAGAGGGUCAACCCAUGA